AUGGUGCUCCUGUCUCGACUGGACGGACGAAAUCAAACUGAUACCUUUCCUGACCCACAACAAAUGGCAUGUCAAUCUCAGUUAUCUGCCCUUCACACAUACUUCAACUUUCAUGAGACGAUACGCCAUUACCACGAGCGGGAGGAUACCCAUGUGGUGUUCCUGGAUACAUCAAAGGCCUUCGACAUUGUAUGGCACAGUGGUCUGGAGUACAACUUUUUCGAGGUUGGAAUCAAAUGCUCUUUGUGGACUGUUCUUGACGACAUGUACACGGGACAGAUGUGUCGAGUUUUCCUUGACUCAAUGUGUUCUAGGCCUAUCCCCACGAUGCAGGCCAUCAGGCAAGGUGGUGUGCUGUCAGGGAAGUUAGAGCCGGAUUUCCGGAUUUCCGAGGAAUACAGCAACGACUACGUGCUCUUGUCCUCCAAGAGUGAAAUUGUGAUUUUCCGUACCGGUCGAGAUCUCAACCCCUGA